AUGCAACGGCCAAGUUCAACAGAUCCGCAAACAGACUAUGGCUCUUCAGCCGAAGCAGCCCAGUCGAGCGAGACAGCAGUCGGCCAGGACGUCCUGAGCAACGACGUAACAGAUGUCGUUCCAAACAUGCACCACGACCAAACCAACCCGGCAGUACGACCACUCGACAGCUCUGAGCCCUACUCAACCGUCCCCUACCACCAAGAAGAUCAAGGCAGCCAGCAUGUCGUGCCCUACCUGGGCGGGACUACCACGGCAAGCUAUCUGCCAUACGAGUAUACCACACACGAGCUAGUCGCACCGCCCACCUACAUCUCCGCGGACUCGUUGUCACAGUUAUUUGGAGACGUCGAGAUGCUCGAGCUGCCGAAUGUAUCCGGCAAUCUUCACGCCCCCCCAACGUAUUCCAGCCUGAGCGCGCAAGGCCGCAUGAGCAGAGUGCGGCGGGGAUAUAUGGCGUUUAUCGACUUUCGCAGAAAGCCUCACAUAGCUGUAGGGGCAUCUGUUGUGCUCCGUCCAGCCGCGACAGUGAUCAUCGUGUCCGACCUAGGGGCCAUCUUCGCGUAUAUCAACCUGACCAUCGAUCGUGAUGGGCUGCACCGACUUGAUUUAGGGCAUCAGAUGCUGCAGCUGAUGAGCUUGCACAGCAGACACAAAGAAACACAUUUCCCCGUCCCUGGGACGCGCACCAUCUGCGGGUUGUGGCUGUUGCCGGACAGCCCUGAAUCGGACGCUGAAGUGCUGCAACAUGCGCUCCUCGGGAUUCUCCUUUCUCCAGAAGUGCAUGUAUAUCGGCCGCAUGCGGGUGCUCCCAAUCUACCGGGACUGGCCUUCACCUUGUUGGAGAACGGACAGGGAGUUGUUUAUUUGGACAACGAAAGGAUAGAGCGAGUCGGGAGUUAA